UGGUAUAAAUAAUCGUGUAAAUCGGUUUUUCACUUUGAAAAGAAAAAUUAAAAAAAAAUUAAAACUUUUUUUCUCGUUUUCUCCCAAAUCUCUGGAAAAUAACUUAGUAAUAUUAAUUUAAAAAAAAAAAAGAAGCGAAGAUCAUCGAUCCAGCAGCAAAGUCAAUACGCUUAUGAUUGUUGUAUGCUUGUGAAAGCAAGAUGGUGAAGUUGACUAUGAUUGCUCGUGUGACUGAUGGUCUUCCUUUAGCGGAGGGGCUGGAUGAUGGCCGUGAUAUUCAAGAUGCAGAUUUCUACAAACAGCAAGCCAAGUCCUUGUUUAAGAACCUCUCUAUGGGCCAGAUUGAGGUAUCAAGGAUGUCUGUAGAAACUGGGCCUUAUAUUUUCCAUUAUAACAUUGAAGGCCGUGUUUGUUAUUUGACAAUGUGUGACCGCUCUUAUCCCAAGAAACUUGCUUUUCAAUACCUAGAAGACCUCAAGAAUGAGUUUGAGCGUGUCAAUGGGAGUCAAAUCGAAACUGCUGCCAGGCCAUAUGCUUUUAUUAAAUUUGAUACAUUCAUACAGAAGACAAAGAAACUGUACCAGGACACCAGGACUCAGCGCAAUAUUACAAAGUUGAAUGAUGAACUCUACGAAGUUCAUCAGAUAAUGACUCGAAAUGUACAAGAAGUUUUAGGUGUUGGUGAGAAGUUGGAUCAGGUCAGUCAGAUGUCCAGUCGCUUGACAUCAGAAUCCCGCAUUUAUGCUGAUAAAGCAAGAGAUUUAAACCGUCAGGCUCUGAUUCGGAAAUGGGCACCCGUUGCUAUUGUCGUUGGAGUUGUUAUUCUCCUCUUCUGGGCGAAAAAUAAGAUUUGGUGAUGCAACUAUACCAUAUGCAAGCUUAGAGAAGUGUUGUCACUCUUUGAUACUUUCUGAUUUUGCAACAUCAAACUGUGUGGCAACCUGUAGACCACUUAACAUUUCACAAUGGCUACCGUGCUGUGCGCGCAAUGAAGAGAGUUUUUUGGCAUAUGAGACACUCAAGCUAUGAGUUUGAUAAUGUCAGACAGAUGAGCCAUGUUGGUAAAACAUUGACAAAAUGAUAUUAAUCUUAAAUCUUCUCAGCAUGUUGUCUUGCUAAACUUUAAAAUUUGAAGUGCAACAUAUAUUCUAGUGUUGAGUUGAUCAAUUGCAACUUUUGAUA